AUUACGUUAAGUUUGAAUUUACCUUCAUAGAAAAAGACAAGUUACAAUUGCCUCAGUGUGUUAUAUGUAUGAAAGUUUUAAGUAAUUACAGCAUGAGGCCCAAUCGCCUUGAAAGGCAUUUGAAGCAACAACAUCCUACUCUGGUGUUGAAAACUAAAGAGUUUUUUUCUUCUAACGCAGAAGCACUCAGGCGGGUGAGACUGGAUAAAUCGGGAAGUUAUCACACAGGUGUAUCGCAGCACCUCAAAACUUCAUUUGAAAUAGCUUUUAUAAUAGCAAAGCAACAGAAACCUCAUACUAUCGGUGGAGAUGCAGAGCAAAAAAUGAAGUCUAUUUCUCUUUCGAAUGACACAGUCAAACGUAGAAUCGAUGACAUUGCAGCAGACAUAAAUUGCGAAGAAUCCACCGACAUCGUUAAUUGUGUACUGUUAAUAGUUUAUGUUCGUUACAUCGGCGAAGAGAUUUUGUACUCCCAAUCUGCAGCAGGUACUACAUCUAAGAUAUAUUUAAUUCAAUAUCAAAUUUUGUUGAAAAAAAUUAUUUGGAUUAGACUUUGCACAGAUGGCGCACCUGCACUGAUAGGUGUAGGAUCGGGCUUAGCUACAAAGCUCAAAGAAAAAAAACCCUCAAUGGUCAGUACACAUUGUGUUAUUCAUCGGCAAGCUUUGGCUUCCAAAACAUUGCCACAGAAAUUACGCCAGACUUUGGACUUGGCUAUAAGGAUUGUGAACUACAUCAAAAUCAGCGCUUUGAACAGUCGAUUAUUUACUUUACUUUGCGAUGAUCUCGAUUCUGAUCAAAAAGUUCUUCUGUUCCAUACAUAA